CCUGAAAUAAAUAAAAUUUAUAAUAUCUAGAUUUGUCUUUCCUUUCUUCCAUUCUUUUAUUUUUUUUUUAAAGAAAAGAAAUCAACUUCCAUUAUGUAUCAAAAGAUUUUCAUUAUUGCCAGUAUCGCUCUUUCAGUGGCAAACGCUCAUCCAGGAUUGCACGUUAGAAGUGCUGGAACAACAGCAACAACAACCUCCAAUUUUAAAUUUACUGAAACUUAUCCUGAACCUUAUGUCAUUCCUACAGCUAAACCUGAAUGGCUUGAAUUGAUUAAAAACAUCAAUGUUACGAAAGCUCCUGUUUAUAAAAAUUUGAAUAAUGCUGGUCCUCAGCCUGAAGUUCCAGGUCAAGAUCCUUAUUGUGAUUGGACUUUUACUGGUUGUUUCGGCAAAGAUGACCUUUAUCAAUGUCCUAAAGGACAAUGGGCAUUAACUUAUGAUGAUGGACCUUCUGAAUACAGUCCUAAAUUAUAUGAUUAUCUCGAUUCAGUUAAUGUCAAGGUUACUUUCUUUAUGGUAGGUGGACAGGUUGUCAAGUACCCUGAAUAUGCUUUACGUGCUUAUCAAUCAGGUCAUGAAAUUGCCAUGCAUACUUGGUCUCAUAAUUAUAUGACAACCUUGACAAACGAGCAAAUUGUAGCUGAAUUAAAAUGGAAUGAGUUAGCCAUUAAGGAAGUCACCGGUGUCUCUCCACGUUACUUCCGUCCUCCUUAUGGUGACAUUGACGAUCGUGUACGUGAUGUAGCCGCUGCCCUCGGUUUUAUUCCUAUUAUUUGGAAUCAUGAUACAAAUGAUUGGGCCUAUGCCUCUAAUCCAAAGGGCUAUAAAGAAUCUUGGAUUGAUGGUAAUGUUACACUCUGGGCAAAGGAAGCCGCUACUGCUGAAGUGGGUGGUAUCUCUCUUGAACAUGAUCUCUAUAAGGAAACUGUCGAUGUUGCUAUUCGUAUCUUGCCUGUUCUUCAAAAGAAAUACACUUUAGUUCCUGCUGGUCAAUGCAAUAAUGUUCAAGUUUAUAAGGAAAAUAUGACUGAAAUUGCAACAAAUGCUACAACAACAAGUACUACUGUUGCUACCUCUACCAGUGAAGCUCCUAUCGUUGCUGCUACUUCCUCUGCUCCUACUAAUGCUGCAACCGCAAAUACAGAUGACGUGUCUACAUCUGUCAAUGCUGCUUCUGCUUCUGCUCCUCAUUCAGGAUCAACUUCUACUUUUACAAGUGUUAGUGUUUUAACUCUUGGUACUGCUAUUGUUGCUGCUAUGGCUUUGCUUUAAAUUAUCCCAUAUUUAUAUUUUUUUUUUUAAAAAAA